AUGAAGAGCUUUAUUACCGUUGCGGCUCUCGCCGCUGGCUCUAAUGCCCUCGUCAGCCGUGGUGAUAACUGCUGCUUCCACCUUGAUCCGUCGGGUGAUUCUACUGGCUUUGUCGGUCAGCUGAGCGAUGGUCAGAACCGCAUCGGCGAUAACAGGCUCUCGCCUGCUCAGUUCUGCAUCGACUCCAAUGGUGCUAUCACCGAUGGCAAUGGCCGCGGCUGCAUCCUGACUCCCCCCACUACCCAAUUCCAAUGUGAUGUGGGCGCCACUCCUACUCCGGGCUUCUCGGUUAACUCCGACGGCGUGCUGGAGUUCCACGGCAGCCCCGACUUCAUUGCCUGUGAGACUGGUGAUAAUGGUGGUCUGAACAUCCACACCACCGAGAGCAAUGACCUGGGCAACUGCAAGAAGAUCCAGCUUAAGGCUGACUCGUGCUCCGGCCCAACCUCUCCCCCUCCUGGCCCGUCCGGUAACAAUGGUUGCGGCACCAUCCUGUCGUCAGGCAGCUUUGAGUUCCCUCAUCUGAUCGUUCCGAUCAACUCUGACUCCCCGGACACUGCCCAUGGCACCCAGUUCAAUGGCACUGUCAGCUCGAGCAUCUCGAGCAUCUUCAACUUCGACAUCCCUCAGUCGGACUCUGGAAAGACUUGCAGUCUGGUAUUCCUCUUCCCCAAGAAGGAGGACCUCGAGACCUCGUCUUUUAGCUUCAGCGGUGAUGGCAAGAUUGAUGUCGCGAAGCUUUCCGAUGUGGCCUCCAGCAUGACCACCUUUAAUAAUGCCCCGUCCGUUGAGAAGGAUCUUGGUGACAUCACCAUUUCUCCUGGUGGCUCUAAUGUCGUUUCGACCUUCUCAUGCCCGGCUGGUCAGACCAUUGCCUUUGAGCUGAAGAAUGCCGGCAGCACCGACCUGAACUUCUUCCAGGACUUCAACCCUGCUCCGUAA